UUGCUCCCGCUGUAUCUCCGGCACGUCUCUAAAAAUGUAUGCUCCAGAUGCAAGAUAGCUGGGGACUCAUGGCGAGACGAAGGGCGUCGCAGUUUCUUGCCAGCUACUGCUGCUCCCAAGAACCCGCGUCAAUCUCCGCUCCAGGCUUAUCUUAUACACAUGGUAAAGCUACAAGUAUGUACAAACCACCAUUAAAACUCUAUCGGAAGCUGAAUUCCCAGACAUCAUGUGAUAUAAUGCAAGCUCGCUAUAGUUUGGGAAGAACUUAUGGAAUCCAUCAGAGAUCAUUUACGUCUGCGGCCAUAAAUAUCCGGAGGAAUCCAUCAUUCUCAAAAUUAAAUUCUGAUGACAUUUGCUACUUCAAGAGUAUGUUAGGUGAUAAAAAUGUUGUUCAGGAUGAAGAUAGACUGUCAGCAGCAAAUGUGGAUUGGAUGCGGAAAUAUAAAGGUUCAAGCCAGCUUUUGCUCUUACCUAGAAACACUGAAGAGGUGUCUAAGAUUCUUCACUAUUGCAACUCCAGACGUUUGGCCAUUGUCCCCCAAGGUGGAAACACAGGUCUAGUAGGAGGAAGUGUUCCGGUUUAUGAUGAGGUUAUCAUAAGUCUUGCUUCAAUGGACAAGAUAAUUUCCCUCGACAAGGUCAAUGGUAUUCUAAUAUGUGAAGCUGGAUGUAUACUGGAGAACCUAAAUUCAUUCUUAGCAAAUGAAGGAUUUAUCAUGCCACUUGACUUGGGGGCAAAAGGAAGUUGUCAAAUUGGUGGAAAUGUUUCAACCAAUGCCGGCGGUUUACACUUUAUACGCUAUGGAUCACUUCAUGGGAACAUUCUUGGACUUGAAGUUGUACUAGCUGAUGGAACUGUUCUUGACAUGCUUGGGACUUUACGCAAAGAUAAUACAGGAUAUGAUUUGAAGCACUUAUUUAUUGGCAGUGAAGGUUCUUUGGGGAUUGUCACGAAGGUCUCAAUACUUAGCCCUCCUAAGCUAUUAUCAACAAAUCUUGCACUGCUUGCCUGUAAAGAUUUUUUAAGCUGUCAGAAAUUAUUACUGGAAGCCAAGAGGGAACUAGGUGAGGUUCUUUCUGCCUUUGAAUUUAUGGAUAGAGAUUCUAUGGAUAUGGUCUUAGCUCACUUGGAUGGAGCUCGCAAUCCAUUUCCAUCCUCAUUAUACGAUUUCUAUGUUCUUAUUGAGACCACUGGUAGUGACGAGUCAUAUGAUAAAGCAAAACUUGAAGCUGUUCUAUACGCUCAAAUGGAAGGUGGUCUUAUAUUAGAUGGUGCUAUAGCUCAAGAUAUUAACCAAGCAUCCUCAUUUGGCAAAUUCGUGAGGUUUGGUUUAUCAGAAGCAAUGGUGAAAGCAGGAGCAGUCUACAAGUAUGACUUAUCACUACCUGUUGAAAAUCUCUAUGAUAUUGUUGAAGAAUGCGUGCACGGCUUGGCGAGACAGUUAAGGUUAGUGGGGUAUGGCCAUUUGGGAGAUGGAAAUCUGCACUUAAAUAUCUCAACAACUCACUAUGACGAUAAUAUUCUUGCGCAAAUUGAACCUUUUGUCUAUGUGACCUCAACACAUAGAGGAAGUAUCAGUGCAGAACAUGGUUUAGGAUUGAUGAAGGCAGAUAAGAUUCAUUACAGCAAGUCCCCAGAAACUGUGCAACUAAUGGCAUCUAUCAAGAAGCUAUUGGACCCCAAUGGAAUAUAACCUUACAAAGUCCUCCCUCAAUCCCUGCUUCAAUAAUAUUCUUCAGUAAAAAUCUGUCUGAAAGAUUCUUGUUGGGUUCAUGCUGACUUUUCAAGAUAUAUGUUUAAUUAUGUGCUACCAGUGGUUACUGUCAUGUGUCAUCAAACAAAUGGUUCAUAAUACAAUGAUGAAAUUUUACAAAGUUUCACUACAUUUUAUGUAUAGGACUCUUGAUCAUUUCA